AUGGGAUCGCGAAAGCGCAGCCGCUCCGAUGCGGUCGCUGCCACCGAGCAGCAGACCCCAGAAGAACCUGGUCUGCUCCAGCGCAUUAGGAGCAGCUGGGAAUUCGCUAGCCUUAUGCAAUACAUUGCCAUCUUUGGAAAAGUCAUGAAGAUUGAUGAAGAGUUUGAAAUCGAGGAUCUGGAAGAUGAGUGUAUGAAGCCUGAACCCUCGCACAAGUUGUUGGAGAUUGGUCUUUGUCUUUUGAAAUGGAUAUCCUCACAUCGGGGUUUGACGUCUGAGAACUUUGACGAAUACACAAGGAGACAAUACAAUGCGAAAGCCCCUCACAUUACGAAUCCCUUCGGGUAUGAUGAAGAGCCUCUGAGAUUUCUGGAUUUUGAUGUCUUUCAAAAAUUGCGUGUCCUGCACCAGUUGUCCGUGUGGACUUUCUGGAACGCCGAUCGCAUUCGUGACAAGAUGCCCGAGAAGAAGGAAUCGGAGCAACUCCAGUGGCGUAUCGAAGAAUUCGGAUAUGACCACGAAGGUCGCAUUUACUACGUCCUAGAUGACAAUCGCCUUUACCGCCGCACCGAUCCUCCCAUCCCCGCACCCUCUCGUCCCAAGAAGAAGCCUAAGAGUAGAUCCUCCCGAGCGUCGCGUACAUCGAAACGAGCAUCCAAUGUCGCCGCCGAAGAACCCGAAGAGGACGAGACCGUGGGCGAAGAUGGAGUCGUGGCAUCUGAGCCUAAGUGGGAGUGCGUGUGUGUCACCCUCGCCGAGUACCAAGAAUUUCUGGACAGCAUUCGAAAGAGCAAGGAUGCGGAUGACAAGAUCCUUCGCAAACAAAUCGAGGAUCAUGUCUUACCGUUGCUAGAAAAGGCGGAAGAGGCGCAGCUGCGCAAGCGGCAAAAGCGAGAGAAGGAGCUUCUCAAUAUGCAGCUAAUUGCCGGCGCUAAGCGGUCGAGCCGACUAGCCGCUAAGGAUGAAAGGGAACGAGCUGACAGAGAGGCUGCCGAGGCGGCACGCAAGAAGGAGGCUGAUCUGGCCGAGGCUCGUAAGGAGCAGGCUAGACAGCGUCAGCUCGAGGAAGAUCGACAGUCCCGCAUGAUGACCCGUGAACAGCGUAUCAAGGAUCGCGAGCAGAAGCGAACGAAUCGAACGAGGGAGAGCCGAGUCUCCGCUCGAAACCUCAAGGCUGAGCUGGAAAAGUCGCAGAAGAACUUGGCCGAGCUCUCCCAAGAUGAUGAGUGGAUCUUUGAUUGCUCCGGAUGUGGUGUAUAUGGCCAGAACUUGGAUGAUGGAAGCCACAGUGUUGCUUGCGAAAAGUGUAAUGUCUGGCAGCACAGCCAUUGUCUCGGCAUCUCCAAGGCGGAUGCGGAAAAGGACGACUUUCAUCUUAUCUGCAAGGACUGCAAAAGAAAGGAGGAAGAUGCCAACAAGCCCAAGCUCCCGCCGUUGAAGUUCCGUCUCAGCGCAUCGGCAUCGCCGUCUUCUGCUCCCGCGUCUGCAAAGAAGCGCAGGGUUGAGGACGAUGAUAAUGCUCCGCCAUCUCCCGUGAAGCAAACCCACGCCGCUCUCUCUAGUGUUCAAAAUGGCCACCACACAUAUGCGCAGCCCUCUCAGCCCGCUCUUCCUUCUUUCCCUGGCCAGGGCAACUUCUACCCCUCCAAGGGCUCCCCUUUUCCUUCGAGGGGAAUGGGUGCUCCGCCGCCGAUGCAUGUUAUGGGUCAACCUGAACUCCCCAGGAUGAGCAACAUGCAACCCCAGCAAUCUGGCACACAACUUCCUUCGAUUGGAUCAUUUGCACGUCCAUCAUCAUCCCACUCUGGGUAUGGUCAGGCUCCGCCAUCUAUGCCACCCACCCAGGGCAAUCGCGAUGUCGGACCUGUUGUAGGAUUUUCACACGCACCUGCCGCCGCCAAUGGAUCGGCUGCAAUCCCCGUCUGGCUACGGAGGUACCCCCACAAUGUCCAACAGAUACCCCUCCUUUUCUGCCUCUGCAACUCCAAAUGGCAACAACUCAUCACCACCCCACAGCUCUCACGGGAUGGGGAUGUCAGGACUGAGCCCAACGAAGCAAUCCCCCGUCCGAUGACUUCAGGGGGAAUGGCAGGUGCCCCUGUUCUCCCUCCAAUCCGCAGACUGGAGCCAAGCCCUAAGCUCAUGGGCCGCAGCUCUCCAGAUGCACCAAUUCCCCCGCCAGUCAAGUGUAUGACUCCGGAACAAGAAGAGCGCCGCCAACGAGAGAACGCCACGGUCUUUCAACAGAGCCACGCCCACGCGGGCAACGGCCAGCUCAUGUCCUCGCCCUCAAUGAACCGUAUCCCGUCCUCGGCCCAGCCGCAACCUUCAAUACCCCGAUCCCGUCCCAUCCCCACAGCACAACAAUGCACCGCGUCAGUGAUCAUUGAACCAUGA